AUGUCCAAUGCUGCAAAAGGAGGAGGAGAUCCAUGGGCGUGGCUUGGCCUUUUGAAAUGGAGCCUGAGUUACUCAGAUGGGACUCGUAGCAAUGGCGACAUUGCACCGAUGUCGAAAGAAGAUAGAGAGUUUUUGGAGAAGGUCAUGGCCGAGGGAAUCAUAGACGAAAAUGAAAGGAUGAAGUUUAUUUUGCAGGAGUCCACAAAGGCGAUGGAACACUAUCGAUUGAAGGCGAUGGGAACACAUCCAGACUCGGAUCCACCAAUCUCAGAUGACGAUCUAGAAGAUCUGCUACAGGAAUUGCGAGAUAUUGUAGAACAAAUUGAUUACGCGAGGGCCUUCUGUUCGCUGAAAGGCCUCCCUUUCUUGAUUGGUUGUAUGGAGGCCAAGAAUAUACCGGAGAACAUCAGAAAUCAAUGUGGAGGAAUCCUUUCCACGCUAGCUCAAAAUAAUCCUCACGUACAGAAGCAACUUCUUGAAGUCGGUGCGAUUAAAUCCUUAUCCGAUUUGUUCUUUCUUGACGAUACGACAAUGAAGAUGAAAGCCAAAAUCAUUCAAGCUAUCAAUGCUAUCGUGCGAAAUCACGAACUAGGAGAGCAGGUGUUCUGCAAACUUGACCAAGCUCAACCCUUGUUUACCGAAGGCCUAAAGAAAUCUUCUUCUCAGCAGUUGCAGUCGCGAACGUUAUUCUUCCUACGAGCCCUUCUCACUUCUGAUGCAGGCGAUACGAAGAGGUCACAGCUCUUCGAACCUGCAAUAUUGUUCGUUGCUGAGAAUUAUUUGGGUGAAUCUACACCUUCAGAUCUCCGUGAAUCGGCGGUCGAGCUGCUAGAGCAACUUUGGGAGCAGAACAGAGUACCAACGACUCUCCUUGAGAGGAAGCAAGCAUUGGUGGCGUUUGGUGUACAACGGAUAUCAUCUCUUCGGUUGCUAGAAGGCGAUCAUAAAGAGUAUGCCCUGGCCGAGUUGGAGCACUGGGAAUCUUUCCUAGUUGUGUUGGCACGAUCAUAG